CUAUUUAGAACAUUGAGUACAGAAAAGUCGUUCAACAAGGGAGUUCGUCCAGCGUCUCAUCUUGUUACAUGUUUUUAAAUGUACAAAAACUAUUCAGGUUGUAUUAGAUGCCGCAUAAACGUCUCGGGAAUUUUGACUGAAAGAAGAUCGGGAACUUGUUUUGUUCAGGAUACUGACAUGAGAGUGCAGAUAAUUAUAUUCAUGCUACCAAUAUUUACUACAGAAAUGUAGUUGAGACUGAAUUAAUAUACAGUGUUGAGCUUUAGAUGAUCGACGCUUUUAAUUUGAGUUUGUUACAGUGUAACCACUGUGCUACUAAGGACAAUAGAACUUUGCAAUCCUUAAAGUCAAACUGGCGAGUUAUUGACAAGACAUUUAGUCAGCAUAGGUUGCUUUCUCCAAAUAUUCACGGAAUCAAGGCGCCUGCAGACAUGGGAUCAAUCAAGACUGGUGGUGUAAUAACUUACAUCUCUUCUGGCUCCGCCUCCAGCCCGGAGUCUUGUUUGAGUGACAGUUGCAGCAGCAGCUACCUGUGCUCCUCUCCACCUCAUCCCUCACUGCCAAGCCGGGCAGUAGGAAUCAUGGUGGACAUCGCCCGCACUACAACAGCCAAGCACCCACGUAGCCACGGCACAGAGAAGACUGGGCGAUCUACCUCCGCUAAGAGCAGCAUCACCAAGAUCAACGGCAUGGUGUUGUUGUGUAAGGUGUGCGGUGACGUGGCCUCAGGGUUCCACUAUGGCGUCCACGCCUGCGAGGGCUGUAAGGGUUUCUUCAGGAGGAGCAUCCAGCAUAGCAUCCGGUAUAAGAAGUGCCUGAAGAUGGAGAACUGCACCGUCGUAAGGAUCAACAGGAACCGCUGUCAGCAGUGCCGCUUCAAGAAGUGUCUGGCUGUGGGCAUGUCUAGAGACUCUGUUAGGUUUGGCCGCAUCCCAAAGAGAGAGAAGCAGCGCAUGCUGCUGGAGAUGCAGAACGCCAUGAACAACAUGAUGAUGAACAACAACAGCCAGCUCCACAGUAUGCUCCACGGCACCCAGAGUCCACCCUGCCCCAUGGAAGGGCUCCCCAAUGACGGCAGCUCCUCUUCCUCUGCCUCUUCUUCCUCAUCUAGCUCGUCUUCAUCAGGCUCCAACCCUUCCUCACCCCGUUCCGUUCAAGACUCCCUGGAGACCAGCUCUAGCUCCGCCUCUUCCUGUUCGUCGGAUAGCGGUGAUGACGAGGUUCCUCCUUCCAGGGUGUGUCACCAGGGCACAUUCACGUACCGCCGUGAGCAGCAACAGUCCAUCAAAGAGGAAGCGGAGGAGUCACCUUCGCAGGUCGCCGGGGAACCUGUAAAAGACAGGAGAGACAGCCGCAUGGAGGAACUGCAGGAGAGCUGGAACCGCUGCAACAACGAUGCCAGGGGCUACCAGCCUAGUUGCAACAUUCAUCAACAAGUCUCCAACGUUCCCUACCGGGAAGAGAGAGUUGUUUACCAGCAGCAGCCUGCGCAGCUAAACGGCGCCCCCAGUGGUGGCAUGCCAGAAGACUCCUGCAGCCUCCAUCACAGGAGCGAUAACACAAUGCACAACGUACAGACUGUCUCCAAUGGCUACAGUGGACCAUCAUACAGCCUACAGGACCACAAGACAAACUUGGUCAUUCCUAGUCUCUAUGUGGACCCCAGCCAGCGCAGCCAGGAGAUCUGGGAGGAGUUCUCCCUGAGUUUCAUCCCGGCCGUGCGCGAGGUUGUGGGGUUUGCCAAGAGGAUUCCGGGCUUCCGAGACCUCCCAGAGUACGACCAAGUCAGCCUGCUCAAAAACGGAACGUUUGAGGUGCUUAUGGUGCGCUUCGCUUCUCUGUUCGAUGUGUCCGAGCGCACCGUGACCUUCCUGACGGGGAAGUGUUACAGCUUGGAGCUGCUGCGGGCCGGGGAGCUGCUCACCUCCAUGUGUGACUUCAGCGAGAAGCUGGCCGCUCUGCAGCUGGACAAGGAUGAGAUGAGCCUCUUCAUUGCCGUCGUCCUCGUUUCUGCCGAUCGUUCGGGGAUCCAGGACUUGAAGUCAGUGGAGGCGCUGCAAGACACGCUGAUCCGAGCGCUGCAGAGUCUGAUCAUGAAGAACCACGCCAACGAGACUACCACCUUCACCAAGCUGCUGCUGAAGCUGCCCGAGCUGCGCUCCCUCAACAACAUACACUCUGAAGAACUGCUGGCCUUCAAAGUGCACUUGUAAUGGGACACUCACAAUAGGGCUCAUCUGACUCCUAAUACCCUCCUUCCACACUUUGAAACCAGGACUGGCCUCGUCUGCCACUCCUAUACCAGGACCCAGGGGAGAACUUAGGGACCUACUGUUUGCAGUCAACCAACUCAGUGUUUUUCUCCAGAAUGUAUUGAGAAGGUCUUCUUUUGAACUAUGUUGAUAGGGACAAAGGUCAAAGAAGAGAAGAUACUGUACUCUAGUCAUUGAAGGCUUGAGAACUGAGCUAUUGCUCGUGUGUGUGUGUGUGUGUGUGUGUGUGUGUGUGUGUGUGUGUGUGUGUGUGUGUGUGUGUGUGUGUGUGUGUGUGGGUGGGGCUUGUGGUUUUACCAAGUUAGAGGCACCUUUCUAUUUUUAAAGAAAAAGAUGAAGAAAUGCUAUAUUGACAUUUUGAAAUGAUGAAGUGCAGAACUACUUGGUUUGUUUGUUAAAUCCAUUUAAUUCCAAAGUGAAUUGCUCGCGAGCAGUGUGAAUGUGAUGAUUAUGCCACCUAUUGGAUGUUUCAUUCGAAGCGCAAUAUCAAAUGGUCACUGUUUUUGACCCAAUAGGUUUGAUAAAAGCCCUCAAGACUCAAUGUAAACAUCUAUCUAUCAAAAAGAAUGCUUGAUGAAUCUGAUAAUUGCCCUAAUUGCAUGGCUAUCCUUAAGUGAACAACUUGACAUUUUCCUCCCAACCCUCCGAGGAAGGACUCGUAUAUUUAUUUUUGAAUUGUUCAACUGUAUUGUUAUGUUUACUGUCCUUUGUGUAGGGUAUUUCAUUUGUCUGAAUAUUUCAUCUUUGCGUGUCUUUGUUAGCUGCUACUGCCACGCCUCCUUCUGGGGAGUUGUUGAUAGUACACUUUUUCAGCAACACAACUUUGCACAUUGUGUUGUGGACCGUCAACCUCCAAAAUCACACAUGUCAGCACAGACCCACAUCAUGUGUGCAUGAUGUGAACACGAUGACACUGAAGUGUUCCUUAACUGAUUCCCCACCUUCCUCACAGUGAGGAGUUACUGGGUGGUUUUGACUUUGCCUCCUGACAUUUCAGCACUGACUUUAAAACUGAUAGUUUCCCAUCUAUUGUUUUUGUUGUUGUUGAACAGUCUGUAUUUGUCUCCAUUUACUGACAAGAUUGCCGUUUGUAAUGAAUAGUUAUGCUAUAUAUCUAUCAUAUAAAUGUCUAUAUAUAAAUAGUAGAAAUAAAUACAAGUGAAGUUA